AUGUUCAUCAACCUCGGCGCGAUCCUCGUCACCGCCGGUGCACUGGCCCUCAACCCCAAGUCGUACAUCUACUGUCGACUUGGCGGAGGUGGGGGCCUCGCUGCACAACCGAUAUCUGGCCUCGGCACUGCCUGCCCGCUCAUGGUCGACAGGGUCGAGUCCUUCUUCGACCAUGUAUCCGGCUCGCUCAGUGGGGCCGGAGACAGAUUCACAGGCAUCGUCGGAGAUGCGUUCGCAGGCAUGGGCAACAUGGUCUCCGACAGCAUACAUGGAGGGGUUGGAGAGGCGUUUACGGGCGUCUUCGGGGGCAUAGGUGACAUGGCCUCCGAUGCGGCCUGGUUCAUGUAUGACACCAGUCGGCGGUUCAUCCCAGUCACCACAGACACCGACCCGGUUCCUCUCCUCCCUGACGCCUUCGUCGACGACCCAGGAGACCCGUAUGCGGCCCUGUUGACCGGCUUCCAGGAAGACGUGCGCAAGUGGAGCACAACGACGGACAUCAUCGUGCCACCUAUCUUCGAUCUCGCGGAUUGGACAACGGAUUUGAUCGUGCGGCCUCCCGGAGACAUCAUCGUUUGGGUCCCGCACACCUUGAGGACCUGUCUCUGGGCUGAGCGACCGCGGAGAAAUCCAGCACCAUCCGAGAUCGAAGAUAGCAGCUCUGUUUCCACAUCUGGGACACCGUACGCCGUCAACAUCGCGCGUUCGGUCGUCGAAGGCUUCCAGGAUCGCCAUCACGCCGGUUCUCGUCGGACAGCGCACGCGCUUGUCCUGUUCUACACCAUGGUCAUCGCGUACGUCGCCGUCGCUACUCUCGAGCCUGUUAGGACGGCGUGGCGGACUUCGCUCGUGGGUCACCUCGGGUUGCCUGCCAUGUUCGGGUUCGUCAUGCGUAGCCUAUAUUCGUCGAUGCUCUUUAUGGCUUCACUCAAGGGAAUGCCGGCUGACGAUCACGUCCAGCGCAUGGCCGGCCUCACUCGGAAGACCAUUCGGCAGCUUCGCAGGGCCAGCAGCCAGGACCACGCGCUCAUCGGCGGUCCUCGUCCGCUCAUUGCAUACGACCUCGCGAACUACACCCCCGCUCCACGUCUGGCUCUUCGGCCUUUGCUCGUCGUCUUCUGGGACGGUCCAGUCCCCACGCCUGUCGCCAUUCCUCGCUCGGCCACCCGUUCGCGCACGUUCAGCGCGAUGACGUUCAUGGAGGCACGCCGCGCCGCUCCUAAGUCGAGCGGACCUUUAAACAUGGUGUCUCUCAUUGAAGAGGACGUGCCUGCUACGACGAUGGGAUACGCGAAGCGCCUCCUGCGACGCCAGCAGCCGGGCCUUCAGCUACUCGGCCUCUCGAAGCGCCGCCUCCACCGUCCCGCCGUCAAGCCAGUGCCCACCGAGGCGGACGUCGAUCCUAUCGAGGCUCCCAUUCAGGAGACUGUUCGUGAGCCUUGCAAGGCGGCUACCCAGGAUCACGCGUUGAUGGGUGGCCCUCGCCCGAUGAUCGCAUACGACCUCGCGAACUUCACCCCGAUGCCGCGCUUGGCUCUUCCUCCUCUUCUGCUCAUCCUGCCGGACGGGCCCCUCGCUCUAGUUCGCUCGGCCACUCGCCCUCGUACGUUCAGUGCGAUGACGGGGAUGGAGGCCCGCCCCGGUCCGUCGAGUGGACCUCUCACGAUGGCGUCUAUCAUUGAGGAGGACGUUCCUGAGACCACGAUGAGAUACGCGAAGCGCCUCUUGCGCCGCCAACAGCCUGGCCUACAGAUGUUCGGUCUCUGGAAGCGCCGGGUCCACCGCCACGCCGAGCUGCGCGCGCUUCGCGACAAGAUGGGUGAAGACGCUGCCCUUCGACACGCACAGGAGGGACGGAAGAUCCUGCAGCAGAACCUUCGUGCAAUGUGGGCUGAGGGCGGACGGUUGGAGCGGCCAUCUGCAGAGCCCGAGAACUAG